GUCGAAUCUCUUGUCAAAACCGUGACGCACCCUCGUUCAAAAUCCGUGGUUUGGUUUCUAGACAUGCAAAUGUAUUGACUUCAGUAAGCUGCGAGGUGUCAAAUAAAUUCGCUGUAAAGUCCACACUUGCGAAGCCUGCAGCUGGCAAAGUGUCGUUUUAAUGAGGUGAGAAUCAAGGCGAUGAUAGGGAGCAUUGGGCGACCGGAGCAGCUCAGGCUGUCAGUUAAUCUGCCCCGCCUGCCCGAGUCCGGAGACUUCGUGCCUUUCAGCGCUCGCCCACACAAAUAUGUCGCUUGAGGUUUACAGGGCGACGCCUACCUCAAUGAGCAGGAAGUGCUUCUCCAUGCCUACCUUCUUGCCAUCCUACUUGGGAAGGAACCGCUGCCUCAGUGCAGAAGAUGUAUACGCUAUGCUCCAAACGCUGCUGCAUGAUAUGCACAUAAGGAUUUUGCUUUGCAUGACCGCAAAACCGGGAGAGUAGAUGGCUGUCCCAGUAAGGACGGUACUCGGAUGUAGUUCAGAGAAGUGUUGGAUUCGGUUGAUGGUCCCGAUGGAUCCUGAGUGGAACGCCACUCGAGUUCAUGUACGGUGCUCCAUCUGUCCAAAGUGUUAUCAAUAUCCGAAAGGGGAUAUGUCUUCC